AUGAAAACUUCUGGUCGUUUGCUUAAGUGGGACAUAGAGUUGUCGAAAUAUGAUAUAGUUUACAAACCACGAGUGUCUAUAAAGGCACAAGCUUUGUCUGACUUCAUUGUGGAAACAUCUUAUACAGAUGAAGAGGAAGAUAUCGAAACAUGGAAGGUCUUAGUUGAUGGAUCAGCAGCUUCAACAGGUUCGGGGGCCGGUAUUUUAUUGACUUCCUCGCAGGGAGAUGUGUUUGAGUACGCUAUAAAGUUCAAAUUCAAAGCUUCCAAUAAUGAAGCUGAAUAUGAAGCGGCAAUCGCUGGAGUCCACUUAUGUAUAGCGGCAGAGGCGAAACGAAUUGAAUUGUCAACGAACUCACAAUUGGUGGCAAGUAAGUUUAGCGGUGAGUAUAAGGCCCAGGAGCAAACAAUGAUAGUUUUUCUGGUCAAACUGAAAGAAAUAACGGCGACGCUAGAGUACUUUGAAAUCACAUUGGUUCCACGUGCUCAGAAUCCGCAGGCAGAUGCCUUGGAAAAACUGGCGAGUUCAAGCUCCAAUGAUUUAGAGCGAACAGUGAUGGUAGAGAUCCUAUACUGCAAGAGUAUUGAGGCAACUCAUGUGGAGGUCAACUACAUUGAUAGAGGCCGAGAAUGGUAUGAUAACAUCCUAGCUUACAAGUUGUAUGAUGCGCUCCUUACCGAAAAGCUUGAAGCUCAUAAAGUAAAAAAGGAUAGCAUUUGGUUCGUCAUGUUUCACGGAGGGUUAUAUAAGAGAGGUUUCUCAUUACCACUGCGAAGGUGCAUAACGGCUUAUGAGUCUGCAAGGUUGAUAGAAGAGAUUCACGAGAGUGAAUGUGGAAAUCACGUGGGUGGUCGGUCUAUGUCCCUAGAAGCUAUGAAGAGGGGUUAUUAUUGGCCGACAAUGAACGCAGAUUUGCUAGCAUAUGCGAAAAAGUGUGAUAAAUGCCAGAAGUUUGGGCCGGCUAUAAACCAGCCACCCAAUGACUUGACGACCAUAUUAAAUCAAGUACCCUUUGCACAGUGGGGAAUGAAUAUUGUCGGUCCUUUCACGUCGGCUACUGGGGGAAGAAAAUUCCUAAUUGUUGGAGUAGAUUACUUCAUCAAAUGGAUAGAGGCUGAACCGGUAGCGAAAAUAACGGCAAAUGAGGUGAAAAGGUUCAUUUGGAAAAGCAUAUUUACCCGGUUUGGUUUGCCAAUGGCAAUGGUGUUUGAUCACGGCUCCCAAUUCGAUUGCAGCUUUGUCAAAAAUUUCUUAAGUAUAUACAAAGUAAAGUUUUCUUACGUGGCAGUUCGCCAUCCACAGUCGAACGGUCAGGCUGAAGCCGCUAAUAAGAAAAUACUCAGUGCGUUGAAAAAGAAGGUAGAAGAUGAAAAAAGGUUAUGGGCCAAUUUAGUACCAAUGAUAUUGUGGGCGAACAACGAUAAGGGAAACAACUGGAGAGUCACCAUUUAA